AUGCUGUUGAAGAAACUUCGGUGUGUGUUCCUUGCCGUUGCUGCGGUGCAGGUGCGAAGCCUGCAAGGUGCAGAACACCUGGAUGCGUGCACGAAGUGCCAACUCUUCGUCUUGGUCGCUGUUCAUUUCCAGCGGACGUCAGACUCAAGCGGAGACAUUUCUGAUGCAUGUGAACUACUUGCAAACGGGGAGAAUAGACUCGAGGCAUUGGAGCCGGACUGCAGAGUCUUCCUGCAAAAGCAGAUCCACAGGUUACCCAGGUUGGAUGCUUCCCAGCCAGAUCUCAAGCAUUGGCAGCAGUCGGUAUGUGUGGGAAGCUUCGUGUGCAACGCAUUCACAUCUUGGAGGAGAGAGGAGGUCUUGCAAUGGAGCAGGGCGGUGGGGCUGUCGCCAGCACUUGACUCAAUGAACUGGGACGUGCAGCCGGAACAGGAGCCCGACAGCUCCCAGUCGAGGCCGGAGGUGGAGGUGGCUUGUGCAAGUUCCAGAGAACACCUCUUUGACUCGGGCCGGCUGACGCAUGGGAACUCCGGCGCCGAGCCGCAGCUCGGGCCGGAAGAUCCCUUGGCACGAAGGUGCCUUGGCGACGCGCCCGACGCGUAUGACGACCUCGCUGGCGUUCGCGUGGUGGCAGUGGUCUUCACCGGGCGUGGGUCCCGAAUGCGCGCGCUGCUGCCUUAUCUACGCCGGGACCUGAGAGCCCACCAGGGAAUUCUGGACUGCAUUAUUUUCGCUCUGAUUCGACCAGACUCUUUGGCAUUGACACUUAUUGAGCGGAUGCAGGACCUCUAUGCACACAGCCCGAGUUGCAUUCAGAUCCGAGACUACACGGAAGCUUCGUGGUCAGAUCUUCGCCAAGAUUCUCCGGCAAACCCUCGUCACCGCAUCCCCUCGCUGUACAGAUCUCUGAAUGAAACAAAUACGGUGUAUGUCAAGGUUGACGACGACAUCGUGUUCUUGGCAAGGCAUGCCAUUGCUGAGUUGGUGCGGGAGAAGCUGCGUCACCGCUGCAUGUUCGUAUCAGCUAAUGUAGUGAACCACGCCAUCCUUUCAGCAGUUCACCAAGAGCACGGGGCUCACCGUGGCUUUGAACCAGAGCACCUGGACAAUGACACUGGCAAGCAGUCAUCUUCCAGUGCUUGGAUCCGUGUGGCAGAUGUAAACAUGGACGCCUCCUACGUGUUUGAGCGACACCCGAUGGGCUCUUGCGUUUUCAAGCGCUGGGACUGCGCUGCCUUGGUGCACGAGAGCUUUUUGGAUAGGGAACGUGAUGGAACCCUAUGCGCUUUCGACUUUGGCUGGUUCGAUUUCCACAGGGCAGGGUUCCGGGAGCACCAGUACGUCCACUUUUCGCCUUGGUCGGGACAGACUUGGCGUGCGUCGGGGGCCAGAUGGAGCAUAAAUUUGUUCGCGCUGGAGGCUGCAGAUCUGCUUGGAGUGGACUGGUCCCGUGUACACGGGCCCGGAGAUGACGAGGAGGAGUUCGGUGGAAACCACGCGGAGCGCACGGGUGGCCACGCCUGCGCAGUUGGGCGGAGUCUCGCCGUCCACUUCUCCUACGCACCGCAACAGGAGCGGCUCUUGUCCCAGACGGAUCUGUUGCCUCGAUAUGCCUUGUCUGAGGAGCUGCAGGCGUGGGAGAAGACGCAGGCAUCACGGAAGGCUCAUGUCAACCUUUUUCAGGAUGUCCAGAACAGUCUUGCAGGGGCUUGUUCCUGGCCUGGUCAUUGGCUCAACUUCCUGAAGACCUGCAAGAGCUUCGACAUCUACGGAAUCAUUUACCAACAGCAGAUGCCAAUGACCGCGGACACCGCUUCUUGGCUAAGCGACACGGCAUCCUUGUUCAAGUCCUUCGUGGACUACGUGUAG